AUGGACAGAAAACUGAAUUGGGGACCAAAUGUUAUUGCACGUACCCAAAAAGCUAUGGUUGCCUUUUACUGUUGUAGAGGCGCUAUAGGCAAAAGAUGGGGACUCUCACCGAAGUCCAUUUUAUGGAUAUAUAAUGUGGUGGUAAAACCAAUUCUCUUGUAUGGAGUGUUAUUUUGGAGAAAUACUCUGAAUAGGUCAACACUAUGCAAGAAAUUGAAAAAGGUUCAAAGGACUGCACUGAUGACAUUAAGCGGAGCGUUAAAAUCAACGCCGUCACUUGCCCUGAAUGUUAUCUUCAAUAUCUUACCUAUCGACAUUGCGGCGAAAGGCGAGGUAGCUGGGGCAGCUUUACGUAUAAGAGAACUAGGAAUUGGAAGCAGUUGUGGAUGGAUGCAAGAUUCCAUCCUCAGAGAAAUUGAUUUCAUUCCGGAUAUAACAGACUACUGUACUACAAUUACAAUUGUGAACAGAAAUCUUGAAUUAUUUAUUCCUUCUAGGGAGACAUGGAAAAACUACUCUGUAAAGAGUGAUAAUCGCCUUAACUUCUUUACAGACGGCUCAAAGUUAGAUGGACAAGUAGGAGGAGGAGUAUACUGCCCUGAACUAGAUCUCAGUAUGAGUUUCAGGCUACCGGAUCACUGCAGCGUUUUUCAAGCUGAAGUAUCUGCUAUAUUGGAAGUUUCAGAUUGGCUGAAACACAAUGUCUCCUCCGUUAAAUUUAUAAACAUAUUUACUGACAGCCAGGCAGCUAUAAAAUCCUUAAACUCGUCGACCUUCAACUCGAGGUUAGUACUGAAUUGUCUUACAUCACUUAUGGUGAUGGCUGAAUAUUUUCGGAUACGAAUUAUUUGGGUCCCUGGACAUAGGGACAUCCAAGGCAACUGUAUAGCAGAUGAAUUAGCAAGACAUGGUACGACAGCACAAAUUCUUCUGGAAAAAAAAAGUGUGGUAUUUAUUAUGAGAUCAGAACGAGACCAUCUUACACAACAAGUAAUUUCCCAAUAUCGUCCAAUUCAACCUGCGACCACAUUACAGAAUAAUGGUUUACACACUAACGGCACACUGACUGUUGAAAGCAUAUGUUCACAAGCUUGA